AUGCUUCAGUUUUUGCCUUUUUUCAUGCUCAGCUCUGUUAUAAUUAGUGCACAGGAACUGAAAACCUGUAGAACUGUAUCUUAUGGAGCCUCCCCCGAUGGAAAUUGCCCGACUGGUUACACCAGAAUAUCAAAUGGAAACUGUUGUGCAGUUGAUCAGGUGAUAACUUCCCCGGACCUUUGUGAAGAUAAAUUCUCCGGUUGUGCUGUUCGUAAACCGUAUUGUAAGACUAGAUCACGUAAUUUUGAAGCAGCAAUGAAUAGUUUUUGUGCGAAGACUUGUGGUCGCUGCAAAGCUGGAUCUGCUUCAUUGCCUCCAAUUGUUCUAUAAUGUCUCAAAGUUUCAAUUCCUAGCAGCAGUAUUAAUUCAAUAAAAUAGUUUUUCAGU